AUGUUGGGGAGUAACCGUGCACUCGAUGCCGCAACUAAGGCAUUAGUUGCUGUAUACCCACAUUUUCGUGGGUCAGAUGUUGCGCCCAAUGCGCUACAAUGCUAUGGAACUGGCCUUCGGGUUCUUCGAGAAACAUUGAAUGAGCCAGGACAAGCUUGCUCACCCUAUACAUUGUGUGCGAUCUACCUCAUGACAAUUUGCCAGAGUUGGCUACGGUCCUGCGAAGAUGAAUCGGAGAUUGGCCAUGGAGAAGCUCUGGCUUACCUUCUCAAGAAUUUGGAUUUGAAUAAGUGCCAAGGCUGGUUUGAAAAAGAAAUGAUAACAACGUUGACCGUCGUGGUUGUACGUCUCAAGAUUCGAUGCUUAGUGGUCACUUGCUAA